GUGCAAUCAAAGGCGUUUAUUUUUUUCCCGGCAGCGUCGCGUUUCCGGUGACGUUGAGAAAGCGCCGAAAGUGGCUGGAGCAGGCGGCCGAGUGGCUUCGGCUUUGACUUAAGGCGGGUGAGCGUGUUGGUGUUAGUCUCUUGCGAUUCGUGGCAGAGCUCGCCUCUCUCUUUGCGGUAACUGUCGCCUUCUAGGCACACGCGAGAACGGCGCGGCCGACAACUUCGUCAAGUAAGAACGGCCCCUAAACUUGGAGGCGAAGUACUGCGGGUGGAGUGGGGGGUAAGAAGCUGCCUGUUGAGAACUUGACCAGAGACAUCCUGAGUCUGGGUGGUGUUCAUAAACCAUAGCCUUGAUUCACUUGGAUUCAGAAUAUUGUUGAAACAAGCAUAAAAUGGCAUAUAGAAGAGAUGAAAUGUGGUCUGAUGAGCGCUAUGAGUAUGAGAGACUUCCACGAGAGCGGCUUCCUCCACGUCCUGAAAGUAUGCCGUUUACAUUUGGCAGCAUAAUGCACCAGGAUGACUACCCUCGAGUAGUCAGCUUUGGACCCAAGAAGCCACCACUUCUAGAGAGACCUGGGGAAGGAAGCUACAGUAGAUAUGAAUAUAGUCAUGCUCACGUAGGCUAUCGAGAGUAUGAAGAAGUUCGUGGUUUUCCCCAUGAAAGAAGAAGUGGCCCACCACAUAGAAGUGAUGAUCCAGGGUACAGAUGGCCAAGAGAUGACCAUCCUGCUAGUCGUCCGCCUGAUUACAGGGAUAUCCGAGAUGGCAUACGACGAAAAAACCUAUAUCCUCACUAUUCAAGAGAUCGAUCUCCACAUAAGAGGGAUUCUCCUUACUUCAGGGAAUCACCUGUCAACCGAAGAGAUUCUCCUCACAGCAGAUCUGGCUCCAGUGUCAGUAGCAGAAGUUAUUCUCCAGACAGAAGUAAAGCCUAUGGUUUCCAUCAGUCCCAGCAUGGCAGAAGUGUAUCAUCUUUACAUAAAAGAAAUAUUUCACAAGGUAAGGAAAGAACUUCUUCUCAGCCUUUGAAAACAUCAAGAGAAGUUUCCCCUUCAGGAACUACAGCAGCAGCACCUUCUAAGGCCUUGGACAAAAGCAGCAGGUUAUCAGAAAAGGAACUUGCAGAGGCUGCAAGUAGGUGGGCAGCUGAAAAAGCAGAGAAAGCAGACACAAGCAACUUGCCUGAAAUUUCAAAUUAUGAUGCGGAAUCCUCAGAACAAUUGUAUGUUGAACAACAUGAAGAAACUGGGGCCAAUAUAACAGACAACAAUGAAUUGUUUGAAGAUAAACAGCACGCUAGUCGUUCAAAGGUAAUUGCUACAAAGACAAAAGAAAUUGAACAAGUCUACAGGCAAGAUUGUGAAACAUUCGGCAUUGUAGUGAAGAUGCUGAUUGAUAAAGACCCUUCGUUAGAAAAACCCAUCCAGUUUUCCUUGAGACAAAACUUGCAUGAGAUUGGUGAGAGGUGUAUUGAUGAACUGAAACACUUCAUUGCAGAUUAUGAUUCUGCCAGUCAAGAAUUUGAAGAACAGUAAAGUCUAGUCUGGAUUGUUAACAUUAUGUAAAUACUAGUUUAAAAGUAAAUUCACAUGAACAUUCUACAGCAGAAGUUUUCCUUUGGUCAAAGAUAAUAAAUUCUGAACAUAUUUAUGAUGUGAUUGAUGCCUUUGCCAAGGUAUGAUGCAUUCAUUAUUCUCUUUUGUAUCUCAGUUUCACUUAAGAAUUAUAUGCUCGGUUUGACUUUCUGAAUUGGAAAUAAAUAGGGGUGGGUCCUAAAUGUGGACUUCUGCUCAAAUAGUGUGGGGUGUGUUACAGAAAGGCUACAGCUUAGUGAAUUCUGUGAAAAACAGGACCUUCCUGCCGCCGCCCCUUCUUGUAUUGGAAGCAAAUGUGCCUUUGUGACUAAGAAGCUGUUUGAAUCCAUCCCGUCAUAUUUAAGCAAUACAGAAUACUGUAAUUUGAUAUGUUCCUUUUGAAUGUGUUUUAAGUGUCAUUCCCCAAUUACUGACACAGUCUACUAAUGACUGAAUAUAAUCCUGGUGACAGAAUAAACAGUUCAGUAAUUUUGUUAGUACUUCAUGAAGUAAUUGUGCAAGUUUCUGUAUUAUAUGUAUAUUUUACUUGUGACUGUCUUUAAGUAGAACACCUUUUCAAGUUGUAUUGUAACUGAGUAAACAAUUGUUGAAGAGUC